GUAGCUGCUGAUGCUUCCUCUCAAGCUUCGAGUGCUUUGUGUCGCGAAGAAUGCUCGCGCAAGAGAUGCCUUUCCUGCUCACCGGCGAAUGAUCACACGGUCCUCGCCGGCCAAUUGCAACAACCCAACGAAGCUUUGACCGUUGCCAAGCUCGACGAGAGGUCGAGUUCAAGGUCGCGUAACCCCAAACACUGCUCUACAAUUGUCGGCACCACACGACCGCACGAAUGCUGCGACUCGUCUGGUAAAGAGAUUGGCACCGCGUUUCCACCCACGAUAGACUUAUCCUGCUCCGACGAGCCCUUCAGCGCAUAGCAAGAGCAUCACUAAACAUGUCGGUCAUUCUUUGCACAGCCGGCUAUGACCACACCAUCCGCUUCUGGGAAGCCCUCUCUGGCAUCUGCUCCCGCACUAUUCCGCACCCAGACUCGCAGGUCAACCGCCUAUGCAUAUCGCCCGACAAGCGCUACCUUGCUGCUGCAGGCCACCACACGGUCAAACUCUACGACAUCAAGUCCUCGAACCCCAACGCCAUCUUGACCUUCGACGGCCACACGUCCAACAUCACCGGCGUUGCCUUUCACUGUGAGUCUAAAUGGCUGGUGACCUCUUCGGAGGAUGGCACGGUCAAGAUCUGGGAUACUAGGAGCGGCAAUGUGCAGCGCAACUAUACACAUGGUGUGCCGGUGAAUGAUGUGGUUAUUCAUCCGAACCAGGGGGAGCUUGUGAGCUGUGAUCGAGGGGGCAAUGUGAGGAUCUGGGAUCUGGGAGAGAACAAGUGCUCGCACCAGUUGAUCCCAGAGGACGACGUGAGUGUGGCUAGUGUUACGGUCGCGAGUGAUGGCAGUAUGGUCUGCGCGGGGAACAACGCUGGCAACGUCUACGUCUGGCGCAUGAUCCAACGCCACGAAGUAACAUCCAUCGUCCCCGUCUGCAAGUUCGUCGCCCACCACACCUACAUCACACGCGUCCUCCUCUCCCCCGACGUGCGCCACCUAGCCACCUGCUCCGCCGACCACACCGCCCGCAUCUGGUCCGUCGACACAUCUGCGCCCCACAACGUCAUGCCCGGCGACCAGCUGCCCUCAGCCGACGAGCGCGACGAGUCGGCCUUCCCCCUCGAAACCACGCUGCACGGCCACCAGCGCUGGGUCUGGGACUGCGCUUUCAGCGCCGAUUCCGCGUAUCUCGUCACUGCGUGCUCGGAUCACUAUGCGCGCCUGUGGGAACUGCAUAGCCAGAGCAUUAUCAGGCAGUAUAAUGGGCAUCAUCGUGGGGCUGUUUGUGUUGCGCUGAAUGAUACUGCGGUGGGUAAUUGAGUGGCUGGCUUUGCUCUUUGACUUGGCGUUUUUGGGGGGAAGGUUGGAACUGGACAUGAUGGGUAUGUGGGCGCUGCAUUACACGGUUGGCGUGGCGUGGCGUUUUGGUCACUGGCAGACUCUGACCGAGUCGAGCCAUGAUGGAAUAGCGGGUUAAUAGCGAAAGGAACGCAUAGCAAAGUGAAUCAAAUUCACGAAUAAAACAGCUGAGCAGAGAAAAAUAAACUUUACAAGUCAAAUUAUGUUCUACAAAGGGGCCUCCGACCAAGUAUUACUUAUACAGACAAACGGACAGCCCAGACGCUUU